CAUCAAGGAUGGCUGGUAAUCAUUGGAGGACUGGUGGCAGAGGGCGGAGAGCUCUAGUGCCUGCUUUUGGGCGGGAAUUGAAACUAGUACUGCUGCCCUGAAGAACUUGAAAGCUGCAUAUUUACAGCCUUGGACGGGGCCAUGGUGCGGCCUGUGAGGCAUAAGAAACCAGUCAAUUACUCACAAUUUGAGGACUCUGACAGUGAUGAUGACUUUAUUUCUACAACCGCACCUUCAAAUAAAAAACCCAGAGCAACACCAAAGGAGUUAAAACUAGAAACAAGGAAACCUAAACUGAAAAAUCUCCAGAAAGAAGACAUCCCGCAAGAGAAAACUCCUAAAAAAAGGAUGGCUUUAGAUGACAAGCUCUACCAGCGAGACUUAGAAGUCGCACUCGCUUUAUCAGUGAAGGAACUUCCAGCUGAUGCAGAAGAGGCUCGAGAUGAAAGCAUUGAAAAACGUGACAGUCGUGAAACUGAGACAAUGAGUAAGGCCCCUCAUAUCUCCAAUUGCAGUGUAGCCAGCGAUUAUUUAGAUUUGGAUAAGAUUACUGAGGAAGAUGAUCUUCCUGGUGUUCAAGGGAAAAGGAAAGCAGCAUCAAAGGCUGUGGUAAAACAGAGGAAGAUUCUUUUGGACGGCAGUGAUGGCGAUAGUGCCAACCACUCUGAACCAGACUUCGCAACUGGUGAAGAGUCCGAGGAUGACUCUGAUUUUAGUGAGAGUGAAGACAAUGACGAAGACUUCACCAUGAGAAAAAACAAAGAGAAAGAAAUCAAAAAGAAAGUAGUGAAGGUCAAACCCCCAGUUGAAAAGAAGGAGAAGAAACCUAAAUCCAAAUGUAAUACGGAAGUGACUUCAAGAGACUCUGCCUCAGCUGCCAUGAAAUCAGGACCUCAGCCUUCACCAAAAAAGAUUUCUAUUUCUUCGGAGGUCACUAGGAAACCAUUGCAAAUACGCAGUCCUUCAGCUGAAAACAAAAAACCUAAGUGGGUCCCUCCAGCGAUAUCCGGAAGCAGCAGCAGCAAGAGCCCACUGGCAGGCAUGUCUGUUAAGUCUCCAAAUCAGAGUCUCCGCCUGGGUUUGUCCCGAUUAGCACGAGUUAAACCUUUGCAUCCAAGUGCUGCUAGUAGCUGAGUAUGGUAAUAAACACAUGUUUGAUUAAGAGAAUCACAGU